CUGAUAGAACCUUUAAACUUCUAUCAGUUUAGGAUUUGUCAGUUCAUCUCCUGCUCUGCAGAAAACUUCAAGAAAGAUCCUACAUUUGGAAAUAUACAAUUGGCAGCACAGUUUUUUAUUAAUCCCGAAGCAAUCACGGCAGUGUGCAAAGAACAAGGGAUGGAUGAAGGCCAAUGCAAGCUUUUCUCAAAUGGUUUCCAACUCAUUGAUAGGUUCAUAACAACCAUUGAGUCCAGGUCUUCGAGUAAAAUCGAGCCACCUAAGACAGAAGCACCGAAAAUUCCAGAAAGAAUGGAAAAUGAUAUUAUGAUGGAUGAUGCUGAGUAUAUAAUGGAUCUACCACAACCACGAAAGGUUUACGGAUCAAAAACAUGGAGCAGUCAGCCAGAACAGACCGGAGGACCACACUUGCUUGACGUUCGCAAUGACCUUGUAGCCAGUUUCACACCUUUACCACCUGCUCCUCCCCUUCUGCCACCUACGCCACCGCCAGCCCCACCUUUGGCAUUUCCAACUGUGCCGUCACUUAUCGUUCCUCCCAUUGUUGCUUCUAUUCUGCCCGUUGACAAGCUUUUCAAGCUUAAGCCUGAUCCAAUCAUACGACGGCAGCACGAUACCGACUGGGAUUUCCUGGAUGACGAUGAUGACGAUAAACAACGGCGAGUAAAAAGAGGGGACUACUAUGAUGAUGUACACGGUUCAAAAUCAGGUUCUGCUAACUCAGAAUCACACCCCACACAGACUGGUAGCUCAUCUGGACCAUCUGAUGACUACUAUGGUGCUAUCACAGAUGCUGCUCCGAAACCACCGGUGGAAAGUACUCCUUUACAAAAUUGUGUUCACAUUUUAGGAAUUUAUUAA